CAGUGCUACCAACAGACAUCAAAUUAUUAUUAUUUAUUAAAGAAACUCUGCUUUGCCGCGGCAUAAAAUAAUAUUAACGAACGGAUUCAUUGUUUUAAUUUAUCCAUACGGUUUCAUUUGUGUAAGGUGAGCUUCGCAAAAUCGAAAUAUAUGUUAAAAUUACGAAUUCUCCAUUUUGAUAUAUGUUGGCAACAUGGCGACGCCAAACAGAAGAUAAAAAGUACGAUGUACGUUUGUGACAAGUAUUAUUCUUAACUUUAGAGCUUUUAUGAAUAAAAACACUAAGCGUAAGCAUUCACCUACGUUAAAACUGCGAAAAAAGCCACCAGUAUCAACCCGAAGCUGCGCUAAUUAAUUCAUAAGCCCUACUAAAGCCGUUCUCGCCCGCAACAAAUCGCGAAAAUGACUGAAGAAUCAUUCACCGACUACAAAGAUGGGGACAUCGUUUGGGUGAAGCUGGGCUCCCGUUGGUGGCCCGGCGAAGUCAAAGACUUAAGCAACUUAACACCGGACGAAAUGGCCUUCAAGAAAUCACCACUAGCCAUCGUUCAGUUCUUCGAAGAAGAUGCAUUUGAGUACGUUCGAAACUGGUCCAACAUUUACCCAUACAGUUGCAACAGGAAGAUAGAAUUCAUUAAAAAAGGAAUGAACGCUUUUCGAUCGAACGUACCCAACAUGGAAAAAUUCCCCAAAGACGUGACGACAGCGGAGAUAAAAAUCGGAGGCAACCCGAACAUCCUAAGCGAUCCCUCUUGCAGCGUGGAAAAAAGGAAAAGCUACGGAGAAUCGUACGGAUCCCCGAAACGGCUCGGAAAAGACUCCACCAAGAAACAACGCUCCUCAUCCAAGAUGCUCCCGAAGGAUAACACGCACGUAACGCACCGGCGAUUCCUCGGAGUCGACGACUACAAAGCCUACAUUUGCAUCCAGUACCCCGGCAAGGACCGGAAGCCCGGCGAAGACGAAGAAGUCGCGCGCAUCAACGCCGAACCCGAGCAGGAGUACAACUGCAACUCCUGCUCGUACUCGACGAGGCGGCUCGAGGUGAUGGUGAUGCACAUGAAGUCCCACAUACAAGGCAUCUACGUGUCCAGCCCUAAGAGAAAGCGAUCGGUGGCUCCGAGGCCGAAGAAGAAAGAGUACUCGAAGAAGCGACACGCUUACUCGGAGGAUUCCGACGAGGAUCUCUCGCCGCCGCCCAAGGAAAAGAAGCCGAAGGUCGCUAAAUCUAGCACUAAGAAAUUGAUUUUGGAAGCCGAGAUCAAACCGAAACCCAAGCCGAUACCUUCCGCCGAUAUCCGAACGGAUUUGUUGGCCGAAUGGGAGGAUUCCGAUGAGGAAAACGGCAAUUCGACGUUCGAAGAACCGGCGGAUAUCAGCGGAAUAGCGAAACUAGACGAAGAUAAUAAAGAAUCCGAAGACGAACGAAACGAUAGCGUAAAAGAACCGUCGAAAAUCCAAAUGGACAAAGACACUCGAGAUGCCAUCAAAUCGUGCUUCGAUUUCGACGAAGAAGAAGACGAAACCGACCUAAUAACCACGCCGGUAGAACAAGGUAGGAAAAUUCCUCGCGUAAUUCCCCCAACCGAAAAGAGAAAAUCCGAUGUAACAGACGAUGUAGUAGAAGAAGAAGAAGACCCUAAUAAAGAUCCCCCGAAGCAACCGGACGAAUUGGAAACCGCCUUCGAGGAUCUAAUGGAAGCCACGUCGGUGCCCGAGUUGCCCGAAGUGGAAAACUCCCUGAAACCGGCCCAAAAUUUUCACGUAGUCACGACGAUAAAAUUUCCGGAUAAACCGGAGGAGUCUCCAGUGAAAGAGCGCGAGAAGAGCGCGCCGAUCAAUCCGAAGAAGCGCUUCGUGAAGAGCUUCGAGCACUUCGAGAAUCAACUGCAACAGGAGGAGUUGCGGAAGAAAGAGGAGAUGGAGAAUUCGAAGAAACGCGCCGAGGCUACCGAGCAGGUUUUUCAGGAUAGUAAGGGCUCUUGUACCGAGCAGGAAAAGAGCUCUGUCAACGAGGAAGACGGCGAGCAUACAGAGAAUAGCAUCGAUUUGAGUAAGCUGCAGAAGAACCUCAGAUGGAAGAUUAGCAACCAUCGGUAUCCGACUAGGAGGUCUACUAACAGCGCAGGCGAAACGGAAACGAAGCCUAAGAAGGAGAAGAAAACUGUUAACAAACCUAAAGAUAAUUGCGAAACUAAACCGGAGGAGGAGCCGUCUUUUUUAUCCGAUUGGAAUGACCUUAUCGAAGAAGAUAAAAUUAACGAAACCAAAGCGAAAACGGAGAAGAAAACGAAACGUUCGAAAUCAAAACCAGAUAUCGAAUCGCCGCCCGUAAACGUUUCCCUACCGGUAAAAAUCGACAAAAACCUGGUCUUCGAAGUCGCAAAACCAGAAGAGAAACUUCCUAACGAAGAAGAAGAACCUAAAAUGAUAGAUGAAGAGCACACUAAAGAGGAGGAGCACACUAAACAAGAGGAGCACGCUAAAGAGGAGGAAGAUCCUGCAUUAUCAAACAACAGCCUCAAAGAGCCCGAAGAUAUCGCAGUACCCAAAGAGAAUCCCAGCGAAACCGAAGAUAAAUCUUCGGACGAGACUCUUCGCAAAGAAGGGCCCGCGAUAAAAUCGCACAAACGGAAAAAGGGCAAGAGGAGAUCGAAGUUUACGGUGAAGAAGAAACGGAGAUCGAGCGGUUACAAAGAGGCUACCGAAACCGAAGAGGAGCCCUCGAAAAUUCCUUCGGAUAUCGACCAAGGAAAAGAAACAAACCCCGCAGAAGAAGUGUCUGAUAACAAGGAAGCACAAAUUGACGACAUUCAAGAUGAUACUUGUACGAUAAUAGAAAAAAAUGUUGCACAAAACGAUGGAAAUUUAACAUCGAACGAUGAAGAUGCGAAUGUAAACGAAUCAAUGGAAGAUGUUAAAAAAGAUUCGGUUGAUACUGAAGACAAUCAACUAAUAAACGAUGUAAUAGAAAGCGAAGAUUCCCUUCCAGUUGGUACCAAAGAAAACGAUACAGUCAUCGAAGAUGAAACGAAAGAUAACGAAGAAAUAGAAGCGACAAUAGAGGAGUCAAUUGUCUCGAAAUCGAGCGAAGAGCAAGAAAAUUGCGAUAAACUCGACGACAUAGAAGAACUACCAAUCAACUCUCCUAUUGUCACAGAAGAAGUAAUAGAAACCGAGGAAAAUAAACCUGAAACACCUACAAUUGUAGAUGAUACUAAUAACGAUUGUUCGGCUAAUAAAGAAGAUAUAGAUGUAAUCGAAGAAAUCGAUAUAAAAUCCACGGAAAUCGAAGAAACAGCUAAUCGAGAAGAAGCACCUUUCGUCGAUUCGAACGAUACAUCAACAGAACCAUCGAACGAUAAAGUGACUGUAGAAGAUUCCAGCUUAACGAAAGAGGUCGUUUCUCGAUUCAUAUCCGAAGAACAAAGUUCGGUUUUCCUACAAGACGCUAAUGCGCUAUCCCAAUCGAAUUUAGCAAGCGAAAAUGGAGAAUCCAAAGGAGAAGUAGAAGAAGAAGCAGGCCCGAAAGAGGUGGAAGUGACGCACGAUUCCUUCAAAUUCUCCAUACAAACCAACCUAUCGAAUCUAUCCAGAAGCGAGGAGAUCUCCGCCAUAGCUCUAGCCACUUUGUCCGAAGCGAAAUCCGACGAAUCUCCGGCCGUUCCGCCGCCAAUCGGCGAACCGACCGCACCCGAGCGACUAUCCGACACGGAAAUGGUGGCCAUCGAAGGCAACCUGACGGUCAUGUCGGAGCAAGAUCUGGCCGACGCGCAGGUGGAGAUCACCACCGAUCCGGUGGCGGCUUCGAAGAAACCCGCCACGUUCUCGGUGUUCUCCAUGGAUUUCCCCGACGAUACCGAUCGGAGCGAAUCGAAUCGAAAACCCGCCGAGUUCCACCCGCCGUUCCCCGACGAUAUAACCGACUUCGAAGAGUGCAUACCGUCGCAAAUCGUCUGCACCAAGCAAUUCAACGACGAGUUGAAGAAGAAAGACAGGAGCAGCACCAGCAUGAUAUCGACGACGUCGAAGUUGCUGGAGCGAUUGACCGAAAGCAAAACGGACAAGACGAAACCCGUCAUAUUGUCCGAACAGAUCGUCAAACCGGCGCAAACCGGCCCGAAAAAAAGCAACCAUGACGCGCCUAGUACUAACAGUAACGGCGGUAGUACCGUCGAAGAUAUCGAAGACGUCGAAGCGUUCGUUAUACACAAGGAUAUGAAGAGAGCGGAGCCGGCGGAGGAGCCCAAAGUGGCGCCGGUCAAAUCGACGAGGAAAUCGAAAACCAAACCGGCCGGUAAGGCUAAAAUCCUGCAACAGACCAUCAUAACGCCCGCCGGGGAGAUCCUGCAACCCACCACCGGGUCGUGCAAAAAACCCGUCGCGAGUCCGGUAAGCGAAAACGCGCCCGAAACCGCCCGGCCCGUCGCCGGCAAUGCGGCCGGUCGCGACGACAACAUCUUCGACAUCUUCAACAUGCCCAUCGUGCUGUCCGAUCAAAUCCUAACGCCCGAGAGCAUCGAAAACAUGCCCGUGUUGCUCGACGAACCGUCCAAACCUGUCGCCGUCACGGCGAAACCUAAACCUAGGCUGCAGCAAGGCGAAGGCGCCGCCUCCGCCGCCUCCGCGCCGGUUCAGAAACCCGGCAAAUACAUCAUCGUAUCGUCUCAAGGCGGAGCGGGAGGUGUCGUUCCGCAGAGGUUCGUACAGAAGAAGGCCGUCGUGAAGAGGACCGCCUUGCCUGCUUCUUCGUCGAUAUCGGCCAAACUAGGGGGUUCACAGGAGAUCACCGGCAACAAAAUUAUGGUCGUUACCAAUCAACAGGGACAACAGCAAAGAUUAUUGCUGACUCCGGCGCAACAGAAAGUGCUGGGCUACCAACCGGCCGGUUCGAAAUUGACCAAAGCGGCGCUAAAGAGCAGCGUUAUACGGAAAAACGUGGCCGUUACGAAAGUCGAGGCGGGUCCAUCGAAGACGGUAUCGUUCGUAACGCAAAAAUUAACCAAUACGGUCACAUCGACGCCAUCGAAGGCCGUCAAGACGAUCGUCAGGAGCGCCAAACCGGCCGGCAAAACGCCCAAAACCAUUCUGAUAACGAACAAGCACGGUCAAACCAUCAAGAAAAUCGCCACCACCGAAGACGAUUUGGACAAACAGGUGGCCGAACAGUUGGAGGCCAUCAAGGCGAGCAGCGGCGUCCGUUUCGGCAAAACCGAAUCGAUCAACAGCAAACAAAUCAAGCCCACCGUAAGGAAAUCCUACUCGAACAAGAAGCAAGAACAACCGGUUACUAAACCGGUACCAUCGAGCGAACCUCCUCCGUUGAUAGCCACCAAGAAACCCCGACAACCCGUAAUAGAAUCGAAGAAACCCGAUGAACCGGAGCGACCGCUCAACCAACUGGUCAUACAAGACGCCAUGGGCAAUCAGACCACCAUCACGGAGGGUCAAAUUCUCGCCAUACCGAGCGAAACCGUCGACGGUCAACCGCAAUCCUACGUCUUGGUCACCUUGGAUCGAUCGGGUAAUUUGACGCCCCUCAACAACGAAGCCCUGAUGUCGUUGGAUCCCAAUUUGGGCCUGGGCGGCGAUCUCAGCAACAUGGUGUUGCAAAUCGACCAAGGCAACGCCCUCGACAGGCCGGCGCCCCUCGCCCAACCGGCCACCGUCAAAAUCGGCGCCACCGUCGAGGAACUAUCAGCCGGUACAUCGAAAAUCGACGUUCCUCUACCGCCCGCCGAGCCGCCGACGGAGCCGCCCUCUUGCGUCGAUCAAGGCCGGCAAUUGAUCGUCACCGGCGAUCCGAUAGCGACCCGAAAAUUCCUCGAAUCGCUCGCCGAAGGUUCGGCCGAUUUGGCCGGCAUCAUAGCCAACGCCGACGGCAAGAGCAUUUUAAUCGAAGCCGACGGCCAACAGAUACUCAUCGACGGAGGGCAAGAGCACUAUCCCAAUCGCUCAGGCAAGAGCACCGACAUCCUGGCGGCCGCUUUAGCGGACACUGAAGUCUUCGCGGCGGCGCCGAAACCGGCGCGAUCGAGCCCCGACGGCGCCGCCUCGUUGUAUCCGAUCAACGUGGGCGGCGUGUCGGAGACGAGCCUGACGCUCGGCUCGCCCAUCAUGACGCCGCUGGAGGUGCCGAGCACCAACAGCAAGAAGAUACCCGACGACGAGGCGGACAUGUUGAUAGCCGUACCGAAAAACGUCGAUCUACCGAUCACCAUCACCGAUCCGAAUAUAUCGCAAACCGUCGCCAAUCAACAGGUCGCUACGAUGAUAGCCAACGAGCUCCGGACGAAUUUGGAUUUGGGUUUGGGUAUGGCGGAAACGUCGAUCGCCAGCGUAUCGGCGAGUCUAGCUAGUCCUGGUUAUGGUGGUUAUUCUCUACCGGUUCUGGAUGAUGGUGAUGUUUCGCACAAACCGUUCGAUAAUAGCAUGCCUUUGCUCGACGACGCGCCCUCUAUCGACAAAAAGUCGGAUUUGGGCGGCGGUUUUCUCGAAGAAGAGGACGAGGCGGGUGAAGGGCGGUUCACGUUGGGUGGGGCGGUGUGUAGCUCGCUGAGCGAGCCGCCGCCGGAGAUGUUCGAGAUACCCUACGGGGAGAACGACGUGACGUUGUCGUUGAGGAGUACGCCCGAUUCGAAGGUGGAUGAGGAGGAGGUGGAGGAGACGGAUGGUUUGGGUUCGAUGAGGGCGGAGAGUUCGAGCGAGGGAUCGUGCGAGAUACCGGUGCAGCCGAGGAUCGUGGCCAAAUCGGCGGAUUUUUGCGGUAUGUAAGGUGUGGGGGGCGAGCGCGCUGCGGAGCUCGAGCGGUGUAUAGUUGAGAUGGGUGGGGCGCGAGGGAAUUAUGUUUUUUAUUGGGUUAAUAUUAUGAAUUGUUUUUGCAUGUUUCAUUUUCUUUUGACGAAUUGAUUUUUUUGUGGAACUCCAAAUUCGACUGAAUUUUUUUUUUGUAAAUAAUAUUGUAUAGGAGGUAUAGAGAGAGAGAGAGAGAAAGUGAAGUUCGACUCUUGAAAUUUAUAUUGUUCGAUUGUGUUUUUUGUAAAUAGUUGAUAUUGUUAUGUACAAUGGUGUACAUAAAGAAAUGCUUUUUAAAUAUAAUUGUACGGAUUAGUUUUCGUGUUACAUUUAUUAAGGAGUAACGUUAAUUUUUAAUAGCUAGCUAUAUGAUGAAAUAAUUGAUAAUUAAAUAAUAAUUGAUGGAUGUGUGUUUUUCCCCGUUUAUUUUUUUUUGUAUAGCAUCGAAUCGUCUUUUAAGAAGACGCCGAGAAUGAGACGUAAUAUCCUUAAAUCAUUGUAUGAAUUUAUUAAAAAAAUUAUUGUA